GCUCCCGGCAUAGACAUCAAUCGAGAGGUUUGUGACAGUUGGUGCAUACAGUAUCUUGAGAUCAUGCACAAUCCAACCAGAGUGCAGUAUCGGACAGCAUUAUGUUCUUAUGGAAGGUUCACUGGUGGAGACUCACUCUAUCCUUGAAGCCAGUUCCGUAGUUCCACCAGGUAGGAGAAUCCCAACUGGUGAGCUUUGGGCAGGAAAUCCGGCUAGGUUUGUUCGAGCUCUAACCCAUGAUCUUAGCAAAGAAUAUUUCUCAGAGUUCCUUCCAUACUCGACAGCAUAUUUGGAAGUUGAGAAGUACAAGAAGUCCCUGGGAACUAGUAUUUGAUUGCUUUCUUCUUGUCGUUUUUCAUUUCUUUUUUUCAG